ACUUCGAGUCGGAAGUGGUAAUAUUUUGGUCGUUCCCUGUAGAGGAGACAUCCCGUGUGAGAAAUGCCCUCACUUUUACCUGCAGUGGCUGAACAACUUUUCCGAGAUAUCCAGAAAACAUACCAGGAAACGUCUCAAAGUAAGACGAGAGCGGUAAACGUUCCUGAUGACCUGCUUAUUGCUCUCAAGUUUGUCUUCGGGCCUUGUGCGUUACAGGCUUUGGACCUGGUCGACCAGCGAUCAGUCACCUGUCUGUCCUCUCCCAGUGGACGUAAGGCUUUCCAGGUAAUGGGAGGCUCCGGACGUUUGUACACUUGCUUUGUGUCCUGCCACUAUUGUCCGUGCCCAGCCUUCGCCUACACCGUGCUCCGCAGAAAUGAAGGCCUGCUGUGCAAACACGUCCUGGCUGCCUACCUUUGUCAGGCCCUGGGUGUAACGCAGGAGGAGAGCGUGUCAGAUCAGCAGAUGUCCAAGCUGCUCAGUGGGACAGCAGCACCCUGACACCCAGCUCUCUGUCUUCAGUCUCAGAAGCUCAACAGGAACCUUCACAACAAGGCUGACCACCACAUGGCAGCAGAGAACACACCAAGCAUCAGGUGCUUGAAGAUCUGACUCAGUGGAAAGGCAGUGCUGCAGCUGUGUUCCCUCAGACUGUCAUGUUAAAGUAUGAGCACCGCGGAGAGCAAAAGAUUUGGACUCUGGACGUAGUCGUAUGUCUUUGCUAGCACAGAGGGGGAAAAGAGUGUUACAGUAUUAGCAUUGUGAUUAAAUGAGUCUUCAGUGUUGUAUGUUUUUAAAAAUGCGCUGUUUUCUCAAAGGGAACAGUUUGCCUCAGCUCAGUCAGUGACUUCAGCAGCUUCAGGAGGACUGACUGUACGAACAGCCUCAGGAUCCCAGCUGAGACUAUCGGGGGGGGGGGGGUGUCAGCUGGAGUCCUAAGGCAAGUGACAUUCAUGUACAGCUAACUGAAUCAAAGCACAGAUUCUUUGUGUUAUGUAAGCCACAAAAUACAUGUGUACCAGAAGCCUGGAUGAUGAGGAAUAAUUAAUAUAAUCAUAAUCAUUUAAAUGGCGUUUUUACUUUUACAGUAUGUCAUCAGUUGGCUCAAAACAAAGCAUCUGAAAACGCUCUGGUGAAUCAGCACUUCCUGAGCUUUUGUCUGAAGAAACACGGGAAUGAUAUGGAGCACCACUGCAGGUGUGUUUCUCUAAACUUCGACUUAUUUCUGAGUCUGCGUGACUGAAUCAAAUCGUGCCGUUUGUGUUGGAGCCACAAGAACGCCAUCCUCUGGAUCACAGCCACAGAGGUCACGAGAUUAUUUUGUCUACGCUUGUGGCCCUGAGAGAUGAUUCAUGGGACAGGAAAAGCAUUUCUUUUUUUCUUGCAUUUUUCCCCUUCUAGUUUAGUUUUUGGCAAUUUUCAAUAAGCAGGCGUGUCUGUGUGUGGACCGCCGCCUCCCUCCGCCUGCGUCGUUUUGUGGAGGAGUUAUUAGAGCAGCGGCAGGGACACCUGCAAAGACUGAAGCAGCAGCUCGAGAACAUUUCUGUUUUACAAAGAUAUGUAUUCUCCUUAUCUGUCUCCUACUUUGGAUAUUGAUAUGAAAAAUACCUCCUCUAAUAAUCAAAUAAAAGAUAAAGAAAAUCUAUA